AUGGACAGCCCGGAGCCGCACCGACCUGCGACCCCCGAGAAGAAUGGCAGGUCCUCCUUCUCAUCCAUCCGUGAGAACGACUCCGACCUGGCCCAAACCUUCACCUCCUCCAAGAUCUCUUCCUACGCGCAGAAAGCAACCGCCGUGUUCGACGACUCCUCCGCCUCACCCUCGCCAAUUGCCUCCCCUACCCUCGAGAUGGGCGAAGUCCAGUUCAUGCCUCCUGUCACUCUGCCCAGCAGCAAGCUCCAUGGCGGCUGGUACCCCGCCUCCAGCUUCAAGGGAUGGAAACAGAUCAAUGUCAAGGGCAAGACGGCGAGCAGGAGCUUCAGCGACCUCCAGGCCUUGCACAUGGCAUGGAGCACUCCCCCGGCCUUGCCCAAGGGCGAGAACAAGCUCAGCAAUGGCCGCGCACCUAUGGAGAAGCUCCCCCUCGAGAUGCUCGGGUCCAUCAUUGAGCUACUCGUUCUCGAUAUCCCCCCGCCAUACGGUACUGCGCGCCGUAACGUCGACCUGAUGUCGCUGCUGUUGACCUCUAGGACGAUUCAUGCCGCAACCCUCAACACCCUGUACAAGCACAUCACGAUCCCUCACUCGAGGAUCUUCCGCAAGUUCCUGUCCAACAUCACAACGCACUCUGCCUUGGGUACGAUUGUGCGGCGUAUCGAUUUCAGCCACUUCAACAACGCGACCCUGUUCGAGUCUGCCAGCGAGCGCAAGGGCACUCGGAACCUGACGGCGGAGACGUUGGUGCAAUGCUUGGAGUUGACACCGCACCUCCAGGAGUUUCUGGCCAUGGAGCACAUCGACGACGACCUCGGCGCCGAGGUGCUGCAAAAGCUCUUCUUCGAUAUGCCCCGGCUGCAAGCGUUGGACUUUGCUGGGUGCACCUCGCCCGCGUUCAAGAACUCGUUCGCAUCCCUGGUGGCAAUGGACUGGCCCGAGAGGCUCUCCAUCACGCGCCUGUCGUUCCACAAGUGCCUGACACUGCCGUCGGCGCUGUUCGAGGAGAUUCUGCCGCGACUGACCAACGUUACGCACCUGGACCUUGCCCAGACCAAGAUCACGGACCGAGCGUUGCAGUCCAUUCCGAAGACGGCCAAGAUCACCCACUUGAACAUUGCCAAGUGCACGCUGCUCACGGCGCCCAAUGUUAUCGACUUCCUGGCGACCCAUCCGGCGGUCAAGAACCUGGUCUACCUGAGUGUGGCCACCGACGCUCGGAGCCACCAGCUCUUGGAUGUGGAUGACGUCUCGCAGCUCAUCCCUGUGCUGCCCAAGACGCUCAAGUCGCUGAGCCUGAAGGGUAGCCGCAUGGACGACGCGCACAUUGAGCUGCUGCGGCCGCUGACCAAGCACCUCGAGGAGCUGGCCGUCGGGCGCAACAUGGAUGUCAAUGCCGCUGCUAAGCUGCUCGAGCCGGCGGACGAGAAGAAGGAAGAGGAGCCCCACACGGUGCGGUACCUCGACCUGUCGGACCUCUGGGGCAACGAGCUGGACAUUGUUGACCUCUUCUCGAGCCGAAACUCGCUGCUAAGACCGAGCUUGGUGCCACUCGAGGUGGUGGAGAUCUCGGAGCAGUCGUUCAAGAGCCUAUCUCGGAACAGAACGCUGGAGCGCAUCGGCUGGUCCCUGCAGGAGAUCGGAAGCCGAUGCUGGAUGGUCCGACUGCAGGACCAUCGUAAGGACCAGGACCGCGGUUACCGAUGGUGGAAGAUGGGCGCCGACAACUGGGGCAUGCGCAAGAUCCCUGUCGCGCGCGCCGAGGUCGGCGGCAUGUACGGGUCCUUUAUGUUUGGCCGCAAGCUCUGA